AGACAGAACGAGGGGACGCAGUCUAGGCAGGCCGAAGCAGCUGCCGUCGCCAUGACCCGCGGUAACCAGCGCGAGCUCGCCCGCCAGAAGAAUAUGAAAAAGCAGAGCGACUCGGUUAAGGGAAAGCGCCGAGAUGACGGCCUUUCCGCCGCUGCCCGCAAGCAGAGGGACUCGGAGAUCAUGCAGCAGAAGCAGAAAAAGGCAAACGAGAAGAAGGAGGAACCCAAGUAGCUUUGUGGCUUCGUGUCCAACCCUCUUGCCCUUCGCCUGUGUGCCUGGAGCCAGUCCCACCACGCUCGCGUUUCCUCCUGUAGUGCUCACAGGUCCCAGCACCGAUGGCAUUCCCUUUGCCCUGAGUCUGCAGCGAGUCCCUUUUGUGCUUCCUUCCCCUCAGGUAGCCCCUCUCCCUCUGGGCCACACCUGGGGGUGAGGGGGUUACCCCUUCCCAGUGUUUUUUAUUCCUGUGGGGCUCACCCCAAAGUAUUAAAAGUAGCUUUGUAAUUC